AUGAAUGCUGGAUGCGGGAGUAGACCUUGUACAUUCUUCCAGCUGGCGAGGGUCUAUGCCUUGGGAAACAACGGUCGAUGGAUACCAACCGUAGCGUUCUUGGAUUCAGCCAGUGAGAUCACCAUCAUCGACAAGUCAUUGGCCAAGGACCUUGGUUUGAAGGGGAAGUCCAAGCAGCUUACUGUAAAGACACUCAAUGCGGAAACGACAGAGAUGAGUCAAACCGUCACGAUGCAGCUGAAACCAGUCAACGAUCCUGAUGGGAAUAGCAUCCGAGUAGAAGAAGCAUGGGUUGUUGGAGACAGUCACUUCCAGUGUCCAUCACAACGAGUAUCUGCAGAUUGGGAACACCUCAACGGUCUUGGUUUGUCAGACAUCGACUCAAGCGAAGUAAAGCUACUCAUCGGUAUCAACGUUGCUAGAGCACAUCUUCAGUUUGACACUCGGAUAGGAGAGGAUACACAGCCUAGCGCGGUCAAGACCCCACUUGGUUGGACUCUGCUUGGAACCUCCGAUCAAGCCACGUCAUUAUCUGCCAAUGUCAAUAUCAUCAACGCCAAGGACGCUAAACUAAAGGAAGAGAUUGAACGGUUCUGGCGGUCAGAAUCAUUUGGAGUCCGACAUGCUGAGGAGUCUUCACUCUCAAUUGAAGACAGAAAGGCGAUACAGAUACUGGAGGAAACAACUCGAUUGGUAAAUGGUCACUACGAGAUUGGCAUGCUCUGGCGCGACUCGGAAUCUCCGCUGCCUGACAAUAAGUCUAUCGCGAGUAAAAGACACUAUCUUUUGGAGAAAAAACUGAAUCGAGAUGAAGAUGUCAAGCGUCUCUACACAGAAACACUCGAGGGCUAUGUCAGUAAAGGUUUUGCGAGGAAGCUGUCAGAGGAGGAGGCCGUACAUCGCUCACCAAAGACAUGGUACAUCCCCCACCACGGGAUGACAAACGUCAAUAAGCCUGGGAAAAUCCGUGUGGUUUUCGACGCUGCUGCCACCUGCCAGGGAAUAUCGCUCAAUGACACUCUGAUGACUGGUCCAGACCUACUUAAUAGUUUAUUUGGCGUAUUGCAACGAUUCAGAGUCUACAAAAUAGCCAUAUCAGCAGAUAUAGAGGCAAUGUUCCACCAAGUACGAGUACCGAGUCAUGAUGCAGACGCUCUUCGAUUUCUAUGGAAAGGAGACACAUUUUCCAUGGGAGUUCACAUUUUUGGGGCGAAGGACAGUCCGACAUGCGCCAAUUAUGCACUGAAGCGAUGUGCCAUGGACAAUAUCCACAAAUAUAGUCAAGAAGCUGCAGAAACCGUUCUCAAAUCCUUCUAUGUUGAUGACCUGGCAAAACCGAUACAUGGAGUCCAAGCUGCGAUUGGUCUAGCACAGGAGGUCACCAACAUAUGUGCUGAGGGAGGCUUCAGAAUCUGCAAAUGGUUGUCCAAUAGCCUAGAGUUUCUCGAAAGCAUUGAGGAAUCUGAACAUACCAUCAAUCCACCAGCCAGCCCGCACAUGGGUGGAGCAUGGGAAAGCUUGGUCAAGUCCGUGAAGAGAGCCAUGAACUCCGUCCUUCCGAAGCAGAACGCCACAGACUCCGUCCUACGUACAGUACUCGUGGAGGUUGAGUCGGUCAUCAAUAGCCGACCGCUUACACAUAAUAGCGAUGAUCAAGCAGACUAUACGGCGUUGACACCCAACCAUUUCCUGAUCGGCCGGGCCGUUGUCGUUUCACCUCCAGAUGUCGUCUCACCAUCAGAAAUCAACAGUUGGAGAUGGUGGCGUCGUGUGCAGGUCAUUGCUGAUCACGUUUGCAAGAGAUGGCUUCGCGAGUAUCUACCAAUGCUGACAGUACGAAGGAAAUGGUUAAAGGAGGAACGAAACCUGGCUGAAGGCGACUUGGUGAUUGUCCGUGAGAACAACCUACUCCGAGGAUCAUGGGAGAUGGCGAGAGUCGUCGAGACCUACCCUGGCAACGAUGGAAGAGUCCGUUCGGUGAUGGUCAAGACACCAAAAGCAACCUACGUGCGCCCAGUUGCGAGGAUUGCGCUACUUGAGGAAAACAUUUCAGGCUGA